AUGGCCUCAGACAGCGAGAUGGAGCUGGAGUUCACUGAGGACCUGCAGCUGACCGAGGUCAUGCGGCUAAGGGUUCAGUCUCUGCAGCAGCGUGGGCAGAAGAGGCAAGAUGGAGAGCGCUUGCUUCUGCCCCAUGAGGCGGUGUUCCGGCUGGAUUUCACUGAUCAGGAACUCACCUUUUCUCACUGGAAUGUGACCCUGACCGGGCCAGGCCGCCUUUCUGUUACAGGUAUCUCACAGCUGUGGACACCUGACCUCACAAACCUGAUGACGCGCCAGCUGCUGGAGCCCACGGGCCAGUUUUGGAGGACAGCUGGUGACCCCGAAGACGCACCCAUUAAAUGUCUGGAGGCCGACAUCCAGGAGUUUGGAGAGAGGAUCGCUGAGCUGGCCAAGGUCAGAAAGGUCAUGUACUUCCUGUUCGCCUUCAAGGAGGGAGUGGAGAAGGACGGCAUAAAGUGCUCGGUGGUGUUCAAGAGGAACGCAUAG